AUGCGUUUCGUCGCCACCAGCUUCACUCUAGCUACCUUGCUCCUCUCUGUGAGCGCUCUUCCCGUCGAAGCCGACGAGAAGAAGCAGGCCGACGGAGACUCGGGCGUCGCCAGCUACCCAAGCUACGAGCCGUAUGACAAGUACACCGACUACAAGGAUUAUGGUUAUUCUCCCUACAAGACCUACAACCCUUACAAGCGGGAUGCCAAGCCAGAGGAUGGCGAAGAGAACCCCUAUGGAGAGUACGCCGACUACAAGGACUAUGGCUAUUCUCCCUACGAGACGUACAACCCGUACAAGCGGGAUGUGGAGCACCAGGAAGCGAAGCCCUACGGACAGUACGCCCCUUAUAAGACCUAUAACCACUACAAGAGGGACGCCAAGCCAGAGGAUGGCGAAGAGAACCCCUAUGGAGAGUACGCCGACUACAAGGACUAUGGCUAUUCUCCCUACGAGACGUACAACCCUUACAAGCGGGAUGUGGAGCACCAGGAGGGAGAAGCAAAGCCCUAUGGCAAGUACAAGACCUACAACCCCUACAAGCGGGAUGUGGAGCAACAGGAGGGAGAGGCAAAGCCCUAUGGCAAAUAUAAGACCUACAACCCCUACAAGCGGGACGUGAACCACCAGGCCAGGGACCAGGACGAGGGACACUACAACCCUUACGAAACCUACAACCCCUACAAAAGGGACACAGAGUCACAGGAGGGAGAAGCGAAGCCCUAUGGACAGUACGCCCCUUAUAAAACCUACAACCCCUACAAGCGGGACGCGGAGUCUCAGGAGGGAGAAGCGAAGCCCUACGGAAACUACGCCCCCUACAAGAACUACGGCUCCUACAAGCGGGACGCGGAGUCGCAGGAGGGAGAAGCGAAGCCCUACGGAAACUACGCCCCCUACAAGAACUACGGCUCCUACAAGCGCGAUGCCAAUGAGGAGAAUGCCGAAGCCGAAGCUGCCUCAUACGAUCCUUACUCCUCUUACGAGCCCUACCAGAACUACGAACAUUACCCCGAAGAGGGCGCUUAG